AUGGCUUCCAGACAACAGCUGCAGAUUUUUAUCGAGGAGGCAAUUUGUCCCAUUUGUCUAGAUUAUUUCACCGAUCCGGUUUCACUGGAGUGUGGACACAACUUCUGCCGCUCCUGUAUCACCCAGAGUUGGGAAAAGAAGACGAUAAACUCCUGCCCGGAAUGUAGGGAGAAAUUUACUGGAGGAAACUUUAGGGUAAACCGGGCCUUAGCGAACCUGGCCGAGAAAAUUCGAAAUUUAAAACUGCUGGACCUUAAAGUGAAGGAACGUGAACUUCACUGUGAGAUACAUCAGGAAGAACUGAAGCUGUUUUGUGAAACUGACAAGAAAUUGAUCUGUGUGAUUUGUAGAGAUUCGCGGCAACACAGAGAGCACCAUUUCCUACCAAUCAACGAAGCUGUAGAGAUGUACAAGGAUCAGCUGAAAUCUUCAUUUGACUCUCUCACAGAGAAGAAAUCGGCGGUUCUCCUAAAGGAACUGAAUCAGAAACAGAAGAUUUCCGAAGUGAGGGAACAGGCGAGUAGUCUACAGGCCCACACCGCAUCCGAGUUCACUAAAAUGCAUCAGAUUCUCACUGAGAAAGAGCAGAGUUUACUCAGAGAUCUCAGGGAAGAAGAGAAGUGGAUUCUAGAGACAAUGGAGAAAAACCUUCGAGAGAUUCAGGAUAAUUUAACUUCCAUUGAGAAGAAACUCUCAAAGUUGCAGAAACAGAUGGAGCAAAAUGACGAGCUGAUAUUUCUGGAGGAUAAAGCUAUUCAGAAGAGAAGGAUUAGUGAUGCACAUCGGUUACUUUCAAUAGCCCUGCCUGUCGGAAAGUUCAACGGCCCGUUGCAGUACAUGAUCUGGAGAGGCAUGAUCGAUGCCAUUGUCCCAGCUCCAGACCCUCUGACCCUGGAUCCGAGCACAGCGAAUCCUCGCCUCAUCCUGUCUGAGGACCGGACCAGUGUGAGACUCGGAGACGAAAUUCUGCCGCUCCCUGAAUCCCCGGAAAGAUUUGAUACAUGGCUGUGUGUGCUGGGAUCAGAGGGAUUCACAUCAGGGAGACAUUACUGGGAGGUGGAGGUGGGAACCAAGACCGAAUGGAUUUUAGGGGCGUCCCGAGAGUCUGUCACCAGGAAAGGGAUUAUAGUUCCGAGGCCUCAACUUGGUUAUUGGAUUUUGUGGCUCAAUCCUGGAAGAGGUUAUUUUGCCGUCACAUCUCCCUUAUUGACUCCCCUCAUUUUGAGUGUGAAUCCCCGGAAGAUCGGGGUUUUCCUGGACUAUGAGGGUGGUCAGGUGCCAUAUUACAAUGCGGACACCAUGUCCCAUCUCCACACUUUCACCCACACUUUCACUGAGAGAAUAUUUCCCAUCUUCAGUCCUGGCUGGAACGAGGACGGGAGUAACUCCACCCCGCUGACUAUCUGCCGGACUAAAGGUCACUGA